UUCCUCGCCCCUUCUGCGCGACCGCAGCCGUUUUUUGGCCGAGGAGCCCGCGCAGAGGCCCCUCCUCGCCUGGUGGAGGCGCCCCCGCCCCCCCCCCCCCGGGCAGUCCUGCCUCCCCCCCUCCGUGCCGGAGCUGCGCCGCCAUGCCGGCGGACGGGCCUGCGGAGGCGGCGGGCUGCGCUGCUGGCGGGCACGCGGACAACGUGGCCCUGGUUGCGGAGGCGGCUGCCGUUGAGGUGGACUCGCUGCUGCCCGGCGGCGGCGUGGCCGGCGCCGCGCUCGCCGCGGCCUGGCGCGCACGCCCAGGCCGCCUGGCCAUCGUGCCCGGGGCGCUGCUCGCGGCCGGCGCCGUGGCGGGGGCGCUGCGCGGCCAGGCGUCCACCACCAGGGGGAGCGGCUCCGAAGGAGACGUCGUUCAGCUUCUGCACGAGAAGACGACCGCUUUGGCGCACGACGACGACAUCGACAGCGCAGACCCGUGUAAGAACCGUACGCUCAUGGUUAAGCUUCACGAUGCGCUGGAGGACUUCAAAGAUGUCUAUUCCAAAUUCGCUGAUGCGAAUGCGACAGGGGACUUCGCCGCCUGGGACCCUUGCAAGGUGUCAAAGGUGGCGGCGAUCAAGACGGCCAAGAUGAUGAACCAGUCUGCGCACUGGAAGAGGCACAGCGCGGCCAAGGGGAGCCGCCGCCGCAACAGCACCGCCCCGAAGGGCUCGAGGGGCAGCGCCGAGGAGGCCCCGGCGAAGGGGAGCGCCAGGGCCCCAGCGGGCCCGGCAGAGGGCGGCGGCGCCAACCGCAGCCGCGUGAAGGCCGCCGAGGAGGGGAGCUGCUCAGGGCCGUCCCAGGACCGCAGGAAGA